GGCUAUAAAAAAUCUACUCAUUCAGGCUAUAAAACAUCUACCUGAUAAAAAACAAAUUUAGUUUGUAUUUCUCAUAAAGCAUAGAAUAAGAAACUGGCUAUCUCCACUGUCAUAUGUGGUUGUAGUUUGAAAUGGAUUUCAUCAGGACAGUUUCCAUGAUCUGUAUGAGGAGAAAACCUAUUUUUGUGAAUCGGACAUCAGUUAUAAGAUGUUUUUGUCAAAAAGCUUCAGAGAAUAGUUCAACAAAGAUUGACAAACCUUACGAGUCAGCUGUUGAUAGAUUAUACAAAAAACUGAUGGGGAAAGUUCCACAGACAGUUGUAGUAGUAACAACAGCAGAAUAUGAUAUCCUGAAGAACAGAUGGUUAAACAAAGGAAUAACCUGUACCUCCUUCACAAAUGUCUCUUACCAUCCUCCUAUUGUAUCAUUCUGUGUAAAUCAUCCAAGUAAAAUGCAUGAUCUACUUUUGAGGACACAGCACUUUGCCAUCCAUGUGUUGGGAAAAGAUCAGGUUGCAUAUAGUUUAGAAUUUGCCAAGCAUGUAAAUGAUGAUAUAGAUCAAUUUGCCAGAGUACCACACACACAGGGACAUGAGGGAAUCCCCAUUAUAGCUGGAUGUUCUGCUGUGAUGCAGUGUAGAGUACAUUCAGUUCACACUGUUGGAGAUCACCAUGUUUGGUAUGGCAGUGUAUUUGAUGCGGUUGUUUCAGAUGAUGCUCCAGAUACACUUUUAUACUACUUUAAAUCAUUUAGAUCAGUUGGUGAUGAAAUAUUUAUAAAAGCUUUUGAGGAUGCCACAUUACCUUAUGAAGACUGGACACAUGAAGCUCAUUUAAGAAUGGCCUGGACUUAUAUUACAGAAUAUGGGAAAGAGAAGGCUACUCCUUUUAUAAGGGAAGGUAUUCAACAUUUCAAUGAACAAAACAAAGACAAAGUUAAGUUUGGUUACCAUGAGACUAUAACAGGAUUCUAUAUUUCUAUAGUAGCUGAUAGUGUUAAUAGAACAUCUGCAUUAACUUUUGACGAAUUUAUUUCAAAGAAUUUGUUUUUAUUUGACAAAAAUGUGAUAUCUAAAUAUUAUACCAAAGGCAGGCUUUAUAGUGAUGAUGCCAGGCACAGUUUUGUGACUCCUGAUAUAUGUCCCCUUCCAUGUUAGGCACAAGUUGAAGAAUUCCACCAUCAAGUAUCAUGUGAUAUUAUUUAUUAUAUGCUUAAUUAAUUGAGUUACUUGCAUUUUAUUGAAAUUUAUAUGUCUCACCUUUGUCAAGCAGAAGGGCAUUUAAAUUUAGCCUUGUUUGUUAUAUGUGUCGAUUUAAUUAAUUUUAUUUUAGGUAAAUUUUUAAGAAGCUGUUUAUAAUGUAUCAAUGGUAUUUCGCCACUUAAGUCUUCUGGUACAGUUCAUCCUUAUUUUGCAAAAAUAACAUCAGUAUGACCAUCUUUUCAUACUUGAAUAAAUUUUGUUGAGUUUUGGGAAUUUUUCUGUGAAAUGCUCUAGAACUAACUUUGCAUUUAUAUUAUUUUAAAUACACAUUUCAGUUAGGUGAUUUUUGUAAUUUUAUCAAAAGGAAAUUCUGAACAGUCCUUUUUCAUUAUUGAAGUUUUUAAAAUAGGAAUACUAAAUGUCAUGUUAACAGGGAAAAUUCUUCCAUCUGUUUUAUUUCAAAUUAAUUUUAACAUCAAGAGGCAAAUUAUUACAACUGAGUCUAUACAAGACAUUGUGUGUAAUUUUUAAAGGCAGUGCUUUAAUGCCUUUCUAGUUGCCGUGUUAAUCUUUCUUUCCGCGAUAUCCAACUUAUCUACGUGGGGGGUCAUUAGGCUCCAAGUAGAUCCGGAAAAUGUUGAUUCUCUCCUCUUCUUAUUGUGAUAUAAAAUGUGUUUUGUUUCAUUUCAUUUACAUUGGGAAAUAGAGAAACGAUCAUUGUGUUUUGUUAGUUUUAAAAACUUUUGAUAUAUUUGUAUUUUACAUUAUAAGCAGUCAACCGAUUGACAAACUAGAAUUAUUUGAAUUCCGUGUGUAAAGAGGUUGGGUUAAUUUCGAGUGUUAUCUGCAAUCUAGAUGUUUAUAAAUCAUUUCAGUCGUUGAUAUAAUAAUUA